AUGGCUGCAGAAAGAAUAAUAUCCGCGGUUUCAGACUACCCAGAAUUAUAUAACUCAACUUUGACUUCAUAUAGAGACCCGAUAAAAAAAUCGGAUGCAUGGAAGGCUGUGGGUAAACAAUUGGGACUGAAAGAGGAAGAUGCCCGAAAGAAAUGGAGAAACCUGAGGGAUGUGUUCACAAGGAAAGUGAAAGCAGAUCGGAUCCGUGGUGCCACAGGGAAGGCCCUAAAAAAAUGGAGAUAUAGUGAAUUAAUGGCAUUUCUGAUCCCAUACAUACAGCGAGGUAGAGGAACUGGCGGCAGCAAUAGCACAGAGGAGUUUGAUGAUGGAAAAGAUGAGACAACUAGCACCUCUGACGUCCUGAUUGAUCUAGAUGGAAGUGUGGUUGAUACCAAGAUGUCACCACCUUUGGACAACAACUUAGAUGAGAUGACAUGGAAAGAUUCCUGGCAAACAGCUGGACAAGGAGACAAUGAGGAUGAGAUGUUUUUCAUGAGCCUACUCCCUCACCUCAAGCGGUUACCUUACAGGAAAAAGUGUGCAAUUAAGCUGAAAUUUCACCAACUUCUCCACGAUGCUGAAUUUGAGGACACCGACUAGCCUAACUGUACAGUAAAUAUAUUUUGUAUCAACGAGUUGGGACUUUCUUAGGACAGAACAUUUUGUUGGAAAUACAUUUUUAUCAAUAUUCAUUUAGUUACCUUGAGAAAGUGGAACCCCUCCCACACACACCUUCCAAGUUUGAGCCCACUGGUGAUGUUUCAGUGUGGUAGUGAUAGACGGGAGGGGGCUGUAGUUCUUAAUUAACCGGACUAAGCUAGAAACAUUAUUUUUUGUUUAAAAUGUUUUCAUUCUCCUAAUAUUUGUGGAGAGGGCUGCUUUUAGCGAAGACCCUUUAUACAUGUAUUAUAUAUACGAACACAUGGAGAUGGUUUGUUACUUAGAAUUUUAUUUGUAAAAAAUAUUCUAACAAUGUUGGUCUGUUUAGUGUCACCUUGCCCUCUGGUCACAGGCAUAGCCAAGGGAUGAUGUUUUGGGGGUGGGGGCUAAUACAGGACUAGUAAAGGCCCAGUGCACUACUUUUAUUUUUUUAGGGGUUGCUUCAGCACCCCUACUUCCCGCGGCUAUGCAUACAGGUAUGCAUUUUGUUUGCUCCUGUAAUACUUGUCGGGUUGUAAAAAUAAAAAGUUGAGUAAAUGUUCUCCAUGCUAGUGUAAUGGUGCAAUAGUUGCUCUUUUGACAAUUUAUAUUUUGUCUACUUUUUGAAGUUGGUUAUUUCAUUCAUGCAUUUUAGAAUGUUAUUGAGCUUAAUAAAAGUUGUGGUUAAAUGCUGCCCCACUUCACUCAGCUGCAUUAAUUUCACUAAGGUGUUGUAUGUCAAGCAAGUUAUGUAUGCAAUUUUUUUACUUAAAUGUCUGUCAAAUAAAUAAUUAAACCAUAACAAUUUCCACAAUGUUACAGUGCAGAUGUAAAGUUUGGUAAGAGAAUGACUGCUGUCGUUCUGUUACAUGUGUUUUUGUAACAUUUUCAGUGGACAUUAAGUAGUCCUUGUGCAUAGAGUUGUGGUUUAACUUUGCAUCACAUGCAUUAUAAAGUGAAAAAUCAGAGUGGAAUUGCCCAUAUGCUACAGGUAACUGACAAAGGCAACAACAACAGUGUUUUGAGGGCAUUCAGCAACCACGUAACUUCAGCUCUUGGAGUAUUUUAAUCUUCGUAGUCAUUAAGCAUUUGAGUAACUUAAACAAUAAGGCAAUGCUACCAAAUACUAAUUCAGUGUAUGUAAACUUCUGACCCACUGGGAAUGUGAUGAAAGAAAUAAAAGCUGAAAUAAAUCAUUCUCUACCAUUA